AAUUUAUUUAAAGGUUGCUUUAAUUUGGAUCCCAAUCGAGUGUUGGAUAUACUACUGGAGUGUUUUGAAUAUCGAAUAGAUCUCCAUAAUUGUUAUAUACCUCUAAUCAAAGAAUUUCUCCCAAAUUCUACAACAUUGACACAAAUUCUUGCCUUCAAAUUCAGUUUCUAUCAGAACGAGAGCGUAACGGAAACACCGGAAACUUUGUACGAAGUGGUGGCCCUCGCACUACACCAUCAACUCAUUGAAUUGAAUCAAUUAUAUGACUUCUUGUCUCCAAUCGACAGUAAAAUAUUAGACAAUUUUAAGACAGAAUUAACAGAAGCGAAGACAUAUGCGAAGAGGAUUAAUGCGAUCGUGACGUCAGACAAACAGAGCGAAGAACACAUCAAUUUGGAGGAAGAGAAGCAAAAGCGGUUCUUAAGUAACCAGAAGUUGGGUUUGAUUUUAGCCCUGUUAAGAGUGGGCGACUGGGAAAACGCCAAACUCCUCAUCCAUAAGCUCCCGGAAUAUUAUGCCGUCUCUUUCGAUAAUAUUGCCAAACAGUUGUGUGAUUUGAUACACUUCUCCAUCGAUAAGAUAUACAAACAACACUCAGGUUUGCCGACAGUCAUCGCCUCCAAAAUCAAAGCAUAUAAAUGUGCGAAACAACCACUUCUUAAACAAUUGGAAAAUAUAUCGGAUUUAAAAAAUAUUGCGUUUCCGAUGAUUGUGACGAUUGGUCCGCAUCUGUACAAAGACACGCUAUUGAUCGCCAAAAUAAUACGCAUUUGUCGGACACUGUUGUCCAACCCAUUGAACGCCAGUAACUUUAAGCAUGAAAUCGCGACAAUUCUGGACGAAGCAGUUCUUCCGGCGAUAUCAUUGGUUGAGAGCAAUUGUGCGCUCUCUGAAGAACUCUGGCUUCUUUUGAAGUCCUUUCCAUAUCAGCAGAGAUACAAACUGUACACCAACUGGAAGGCUGAGCCGUCAAACACACUGAUGAUUAAGACGAGGGCCGGUACUCUAAAGCGCAUAAAAUAUAUAAUGAAAAGAUUGAGCAAAGAAAACGUGAAGCUGUCCGGCCGUCAGAUCGGAAAACUAAGUCAUUCUAACCCUUCAUUUCUUUUCCAAUACAUUUUGUCACAAAUCCAGUCGUACGACAAUCUGAUCGGACCAGUGGUGGACUCAUUGAAGUACUUGACGACCAUA